AUGGACGAAGAAAUAUUAAACAAGUACGCAAAAAAUAGCAACAUAAAUAUCAUCCCCUAUAGUAACUUCUUCGUGGCACAUAAGAGAAAUGCUCUGGGGGAAGAGUACCUCAGUAGGGACAAUGUCGGUCAUGUGAAGAAGCGAGCUAAAAUAUCACUAUAUGAUAAUUUUGAAUUUCUGAAAAAGCAAAGGUUAAGUGAAAAUGACAUCUGCAUAGACCACUUUAAGGACAUGGACAAGUAUAUCAAUCAUGUAAAGGAGUUAAGAAGUAUUUAUAAUUUUCUCUUCAGUGAUAAUUUAACCAACGAGCAUGAUAUUUUGUACGUGAACAGAAAAUUUUGUACCAUUCAAUGCAAUGAAAUAAUCGAUAGAAACAUAUUCUUUGAGAAUUCUGCGGAGAAGUGUAGUAAUAAUGGGUUAUACAAUUUUGCCAAAAGUGGAGUGAAUGUCUCCGGGGGUGCGCUCAUAAGGAAAAAGGGGGUGGGUGAAAUGGAAGCGCAUGGAGUAUCCGCGGGGGGAAAAAAUGUAGAUUGGACAAGAAGUAGCUUGAUCAUAUGCCCCCAAGGGGGGAAAAGCAUUCGCACCGCUAACGCUAACGUGAACGCUAAUGUUAAUGUUAAUGUUAGGCGUGAUGACAGCAUUGAUAAUUACCACAUGGGGGGUGAGGAAAAGUUUGGAAAUGGUCCUGAAGGAAGGAAUAGAAUUCCCGCCUUCGGAAAAAGAAUACUUAAUAGCGUCUCGAACCAAAUAUUGUACAUCGAUGAUCUAUCCCCCUAUGACAUUCUGCUCUUAGUGUCCUUAGUUACGCAGCUGCAAAAUGAACAGAAAGAAAAUGAAAAGGAAGAAAAGAACUUAGAAGUACUAGCGAACAUUGAUGAAUUUCAAGUAAAUUCACAUUCGCUAAAAGAAAUCUUUAGAAGCUAUUUUAAGGAAAAGAGUUUUCAAUGCUUCAUGUGCGGAUUACGAUUCAGUUCAAGUGUAGAGAAGCUAAACCAUUUGGAAAAUCAUUACGAGAAGAAUAAAUACUACACCAGCGGUGGGAUAGAAAAACCAGGGGCCAAUAGGAACAGAAAAAAAAUUAUAUAUUUGGAUCACAUGAGUAUAUCUAUUGAGUUCUUUAUCUGUAAGGAAUAUUCCAUUUUUGAGGAUGUGUAUGAAAAUAUAGUUACGAAAAAUUGUAACUCAUUUAAUUAUAAUGCCAAGUGGGAGGCGGACCGAAAGACGACCAUCCAUGUGGAGAAGAGGAAUUACGAAGGUGUGAAUGAUUCUGCUCUUUCGAAGAGUGCCAAGAGGGAGAAUGACGGAACGAAUUACGGAGCGAAUUUUGCGUCCCGUACAAUCGGUUUGAUGGAUGAUGAGGGAGUUGGUGAUGUUGGAAAUGCCACUGGAGGAGAUUUCAACAUGGUGUACCAUGCGGGGAAGGCAAACAGCCUUGCGCACAGUAAAAGAGAACCCCCCCCUGAAACGCUCGCUUUUUAUAUAUCCUCUGCGGGGGAAAAGUUGAAGGAAGGAGAAGACGCCCCGUUCGACCAAAACGUACAAGAUGUAUUCCAUUUUGGAAAAGGGUCCAACGAAAUGGAUAACUUCUUUUGGGCAAAGGGAAACAACCAAGGACAGAAUAAAAAAAAUGAGAAAAAAAAAAAGAAAUUGCAAAAUGUAGAAAAUGAUGAUGAUGAUGAUUCUUCCUCAGAUAAUGACAACGACAACAAGAACAACAAUAACAAUGACAGCGACAAUGACGGAGAGAUAAAUUUUUUUAAUUUUAUUUAUGGAAAUCAAAAUACGCAUGAUGUGAGUCUGUGCAAUUAUUACACCGUGAGUGAUGAUAACAAUGUUCAUAUAAAUUACAUCGAUGGAGAAAUCAUGUUUAAAAACAUUUUAAAAUGCUUAGAGAUAAAAGAUAUUCGCAAUUAUGUUUUCCCCUCCUGGAUACCGCGUAGGAGCAUAAGGAAUUUUUUAGUCAGACCCGUUACUGAAAUGUAUGGGCAUCAGGUAACUAGUACUAACUCAUUUCCCAAUUUGGCAGUCGCCAAAGGAAUGGGCAAUCUUUUUAUGAACAAGUACUCCCCGGAAGAUGCUUCGUUUGUGGACAAACUAGCUGUACACAGUAACGUGUGGAAUUUGUGCACAAGAGGAGAGUUCUACCUAAGUAAACAGCUUGUUCCGAUGAACGUUUUUUUUUCCUUGUCUAUGAUUGGCGGUCGGGAUGGUAAACGGGGUGAAACUACCAACCGACGUAAAUACGAACAAGGGUUUUUUUUCGAUCACGCGUUAGAUGGGAAGGCGGAUACAAUGCGAGGAGAGUUCCAAAUGGAGAAGGCCAAUUGGGGAGGAGCCCCUCUUCAGGACAUCAGCAUAAAAAUCAGUGAGGAGUUGGGGGAAGAACCCGUCGAGGGAAAGUCCAAACAAAUAGAUGGACUCAGUAAUAAAGUUCACCUUUCCAAAGAUAUCAGGGAAGGAGGAAACACGAAGAGAUUGGAAAAGAUAGACUACUCUAUGGACGAUUUUUCGGUCUACCCCUAUAGCAGACAUAACGUAGGAUGUGAACACGAGGACGAUGUAGAACAGAUGAUAAUGCGUUCCUUCCUGUACAUGUUUGACGAGAAGUACUUUGCACAAACCAAGGCCUUGAAGGAGACGUUUCUCUUCUAUCUGAGGAGUAACUAUUUGGAAAUGAGCCAUCAGUUGAAUAAGCACGUAAACUUGAACGAUAUAGAAGAGAAACUAUAUAGUUAUAUACAAAAUAAUUUUACACAGAAAAUGCCUAUAUUCGACACAAAUAAUUAUCAACCGAAUGAAUGUUUUCUGUGUAAAGAAAAACUUCACUUCGAUUAUUCAUAUGAAUACAAUGACUUAUACUAUACGGAUACUGUCGCUGUGGACUUGAAUAAUCUGCUCGAAAAUGAGGAGGAUAAGGACCCAACGAACACGUACAACUUCAAUUUCAAUGCCAAGAAGAUUGACGAACUCAGCGAUAAAUGCAUUUAUAAUGAUCCAAGUUUUGACAUAUUGGAUAACGGAAUUAGAGAAGCAGAAAUUUUUUUUCAAAAAAUGCAAAAUGGAGAUACAUGUUCGGGCAACGGAGUAAGCCAACAGGAGGAAGAAAAAAAUACCACAUGUGAUAACCACCUUGGGGGAAAGCACAAAAAGGUUCACAGUUCUUUGCACAUGAAUGAUCUGCUGGAAAAUGUAAAAAAAAUAAUUGGUGAAAAUUGUGUACUGAAAAGAACCAUCAUAGAGUCAGCUUUAAAAUAUAAUUGCCAAAUAAAAAAUAUCAGGAGGGGAAAAAAAAAAAAAAAAAAAGAUGAUCACAUUCACCAUUACAAUAAUUUAUUUAAAAGUUUCUGCAUUCCGUACGAAACUGUAAGCAUUCUCCAGGAUAUACAAAAAGAAAAUAAAAACAGGAGCAAUGUUAACGUUAAUAAUGUCUCUCAAUAUGAUAUUAACCAUGAAUAUGCAAAUGACGAAAUUGAUGAUUUUGUUAAUUAUUUUGAAAAUGCUACACAACAAGUCACCAAUUCAGUGUUGGAAAAUAUCUACAGUGGUAAAAAAAUGGAUAAACAUAUUUUUACACACAUGACAAAUUGUUAUAUAAAUGACGAUAAUGAAAAAAAGGAUAGUUUUACUCAUAUUUAUUUCCCGUCCAGGAAUUAUUUGUACACAAACUUCACAUAUUUUCAUCAUCAGUGUUUUAAAAAUUAUGUGCAGUAUUUUAUUUUUCCAUAUUAUUUUUUGACAAAGUUGGAUGAUCACCUUUUUAAGAAAAUUGUCAUAUCCUCUGUGAAGCAAUUUUUCAAGGCGUAUCAUCGUAUUUGUAAGUUUGGCACUUGUGGGGUGAAACACGCCGGGGAAAACCAUCCCUGUGAGAAGAAAAGACCAACUCCUAAGGCGAGCAAGCGCCAACGGAGGAGGCACUUUUAA